CAGCAGCCUCAGUACCAGGCACCGCGCGCCCCUCAGUACUGACUGGACAGAUAAAGAGGAGGAGGCUGCUACAUGCUCGCUGCUGCCUUUGUCGUAGAACGGACCUGUGGUUUUUUUUUUCGCUUUCCUCUCCGAGGCCGACGGAUAUUGCUUUGAUUUUUUUUUUUUUACCCCCGCCGCUGUGUUUUCUAAAUAUAUCCAUAUUUUUGUCUGCCACACGGAUUCCGAAAGGAGGGUAAAAGCGAGCUGUCGCGAGCGCAGCAAUGUACUCGCUACGGGAGGGCAGCGGCGUGUCCCUGCUGCUGGUCUUGGCUGGACUGCAGAUUGCAGCAGAGGGCAGAGGCACCCCACCAUGCAGACCAGGCUUCUCUGAAGAUGUAUACAAGGUUGUGGUGCCAGAAAUCAUGGAGAAAGGACAUCCCCUUUUUAACGUGAGGUUUGUCGACUGUGGCCGAGCGGGUCUGGUGCGGUUCGAAUGCAGUAACCCGUCUGACUUCCGGAUAGAGGCCGACGGAGUCGUUUACGCCGCCAGCACCAUCCAGCGCGCUGCGCUCGGCGCGUCGCCUCUGCUGAUCAAGGCCAGCGAUGGCGCCACCCAGCAGCAGUGGGUGGCCCACGUCCUGCUGUCACCCUCCAGCCAGCAGGUCCAGCAAGUCGCUGCCCCUCCAGUCGUGUCCAAGGAUUUGAAGGAAAUUGUGUUUCCAUCACGAAACGCGGACAGCCAACUCAAACGCACAAAGAGAGACUGGGUCAUCCCCCCAAUCAACGUCCCGGAGAACUCACGAGGCCCGUUCCCACAAGAGCUUGUCCGGAUCCGGUCGGACCACGACAAGAACCGCUCCCUCAGAUACAGCGUGACGGGUCCUGGAGCUGACCAGCCCCCCACCGGCAUCUUCAUCAUUGAACCGAUCUCCGGAGAGCUGUCUGUCAACAAGCCCCUGGAUCGAGAGCACAUCUCCAACUUCCAUCUGAGGGCUCACGCAGUCGACUUGAACGGCAACCAGGUAGAAAACCCUAUUGACAUUGUGAUCAAUGUGAUCGACAUGAACGACAACAGGCCCGAGUUCACUCAUCAGAUCUGGAACGGCACGGUUCCAGAGGGCUCCAAGCCAGGUACAUUCGUAAUGACCGUGACGUCUGUUGACAAAGACGACCCGAGAACAGCCAAUGGGAUGCUGCGUUACAAGAUCCUGUCUCAGAAUCCAGAGAGCCCGACCUCCAAUAUGUACACCAUCAACAAUAAGACGGGGGGCAUCAUCACUGUGGCGGCAGGCCUGGACAGAGAGAAAGUGCCUCAGUACACGCUGAUCAUCCAGGCCACUGAUAUGGAGGGUAACCCCAUGUAUGGCCUCUCCAACACGGCCACAGCGGUAAUCAGAGUCACUGACGUCAACGACAAUCCGCCAGAGUUCACUGCCGAGAUGGUCCAGCAAGUCGCUGCCCCUCCAGUCGUGUCCAAGGAUUUGAAGGAAAUUGUGUUUCCAUCACGAAACGCGGACAGCCAACUCAAACGCACAAAGAGAGACUGGGUCAUCCCCCCAAUCAACGUCCCGGAGAACUCACGAGGCCCGUUCCCACAAGAGCUUGUCCGGAUCCGGUCGGACCACGACAAGAACCGCUCCCUCAGAUACAGCGUGACGGGUCCUGGAGCUGACCAGCCCCCCACCGGCAUCUUCAUCAUUGAACCAAUCUCCGGAGAGCUGUCUGUCAACAAGCCCCUGGAUCGAGAGCACAUCUCCAACUUCCAUCUGAGGGCUCACGCAGUCGACUUGAACGGCAACCAGGUAGAAAACCCUAUUGACAUUGUGAUCAAUGUGAUCGACAUGAACGACAACAGGCCCGAGUUCACUCAUCAGAUCUGGAACGGCACGGUUCCAGAGGGCUCCAAGCCAGGUACAUUCGUAAUGACCGUGACGUCUGUUGACAAAGACGACCCGAGAACAGCCAAUGGGAUGCUGCGUUACAAGAUCCUGUCUCAGAAUCCAGAGAGCCCGACCUCCAAUAUGUACACCAUCAACAAUAAGACGGGGGGCAUCAUCACUGUGGCGGCAGGCCUGGACAGAGAGAAAGUGCCUCAGUACACGCUGAUCAUCCAGGCCACUGAUAUGGAGGGUAACCCCAUGUACGGCCUCUCCAACACGGCCACCGCGGUAAUCAGAGUCACUGACGUCAACGACAAUCCGCCAGAGUUCACUGCCGAGAUGUUUUUCGGCGAGGUGGCUGAAAACCGCGUAAAUGUCAUCGUGGCCAACCUGACGGUGACUGACAAGGACCAGCCCAACACGCCGGCCUGGAACGCUGUCUACAAAAUCACCGGCGGAGACCCCACCGGCAGGUUCUCUGUGCCCACCGACCCGACCACUAACGAGGGCCUGGUGACGGUCGUCAAGCCAAUCGACUAUGAAAUCAGCAGGACGUACGUGCUGACUGUGGAAGCAAAGAACGAAGUGCCCCUGGCCAGAGGCAUCCACUCUCCUCGCCAGUCCACCGCCACCGUCUCCAUCAGAGUGCUGGAUGUCAACGAGAGUCCCUACUUCGAGCCCAACCCCAGGCUCAUCACACUGGACGAUGGAACCAGUCCCGAUUCCACGCUGAUCGCCUUCACCGCACAGGACCCGGAUCGCUUCAUGGAGCAAAGCAUCAGUUACUCCAAACUCUCAGAUCCAGCCAACUGGCUGAGGAUUGACCCAAACACUGGUCGCAUCACAACAAUUGCCAUUUUGGACCGAGAGUCGCCCUUUGUGAAGAACAGCUUGUACAACGCAACCUUCAUGGCGAGAGACAACGGUAAGCCUUCGGCGAGUGGCACAGGAGUCCUGCAGAUCCACCUGAGGGACAUCAACGACAACGCUCCCAAGGUGUUCCCUCAGGAGACGGAGGUCUGCGAGAAGCCCGAGCCAAAUGCCAUCAACAUCACGGCCCUGGACGGGGACCUGAACCCCAACGCGGGGCCCUUCGCCUUCGAGUUGGCCCACCGGCCCUUGGACGUUCGGAGGAACUGGACCAUCACGAGAGUCAGCGGCGACUAUGCCCAGGUGAGCCUGAAGAUCGGCUUCCUCGAAAGCGGCAUCUACGAGCUGCCCAUCAUUAUCACCGACUCGGGCAACCCGCCCAUGUCCAACACCUCCUACCUGCGGAUCAAAGUGUGCCAGUGCGACAUGAACGGAGACUGCAGCGACCAGCAGCACAUCAUGGCUGCCGGCCUGGGCACCGGCGCCAUCAUUUCCAUCCUCCUCUGCAUCAUCAUCCUCCUCAUUCUCGUGCUGAUGUUCGUGGUGUGGAUGAAGCGCCGCGACAAGGAGCGCCAGGCCAAGCAGCUCCUCAUCGACCCAGAGGAUGACGUGCGAGACAACAUUCUCAAGUACGAUGAGGAAGGCGGCGGAGAGGAGGAUCAGGAUUACGACCUGAGUCAGCUCCAGCAGCCGGACACGAUAGAGCCUGACGUCAUCAAGCCAGUGGGAAUCCGCCGUCUAGACGAGAGACCCCUCCACCCUGAGCCACAGUACCCCAUGAGGUCAGCAGCCCCCCACCCUGGAGACAUCGGAGACUUCAUCAAUGAGGGACUCAAGGCGGCAGACAACGACCCCACCGCCCCCCCCUACGACUCCCUGCUCGUGUUCGACUACGAGGGCAGCGGCUCCACCGCCGGCUCGCUAAGCUCCCUCAACUCCUCCAGCAGCGGGGGGGACCAGGACUACGAUUACCUCAACGACUGGGGCCCGCGCUUCAGGAAGCUGGCAGACAUGUACGGAGGCAGCGACGACUAGGGCCCCCGCCCCGAAGGAAGGAGACGAAAAGCAACAACCCAAGGAAGGAUUUCCUGUCGAUGGACACGGACGGCUUCUGAUAUUCCCCGAGAGUGACGGAACUGUGGCAGAAAAGACAAAAAAAAAAAAAAAAAAAUGAAAAUGAAAAUAAACAAACAGUGAUUCAGAAUUUUUUUCAAAAACUACCAACCUAGGCUUAUUGUUGUAGUCUACGCAUACAUAUGCUUGUUGAAAGCUUAGGCAUAGGCGGUGGUCCCGUAAUGGAGGCUGUGGGGAGGGAACACUGGUGGGCUGUCGCCACUCGGAAAGUCGGUGUUGAAUGCGCUCAGUUACACUUGAAUUUCACAGUACAGAAGCACUGGGAUAUAAUGUGCCUUUUUGUACAUUUUUUGGAUCUAAACGAUUAGUUUUAUGUUCAAGGCUUUAAUGGUACUGACUUUUGGAGUGGUUUCAAGUAUGUUACACUCUGGUAUGCUUCUCCAUGCUUUCUUUCUUUGGUUACACAACGCUCCUGUUUGUUGGAAGAUUAUUUAAAGAAACUACAAAGACGAAGAGAUGAAGGAUCUUCUGUUGGCUUGGACUGAAGGAAAAUUGAUUAAGAGCAGCACUGUACAUUACGCUAGGCUUUUUCACCUAAAAAAAUACAAUGAUGCAGCUGGUUGCAAAUAAAGGGAGUUAUGAAUCAUACUUUUGUAGCAGAUUUUCUUUUUCAUUUGUUUCUGAGGUGAUGUAGUAUUUUCCAAAAAACAACAAAAAAAACCCUGUUUCGGUCUAAUCUAUGUACACUUCAUUUGCCUUAGUCAUCAUCUGAUAUUUCCAACUUUACUUCACUGUAAAAAGAUGUGUGUACAUAAUGUUUCUUUUUUUUCUCCUUGAUCUUUUUUUUCUUUGAUUGUAGUUUAUGAAAAAGUGCAAAAAGUUCCAAACUUGUAAAUGUUUAAUUUGGACUACAAAUUCAAGUUUUUUGCAUGUUUCUAUCUUUUCAUGACAACAGAAAAUUAAAAAUGUUGUUUCCUGAAAUUUAUUUACAAAGUGACAAAAUAAAUAAAAAUAAAUCUGGGUGACAUUCAAUGUGUAGAAGUUAAGUUUUUUUUUUGUAUAAAAUGUGAAAAAAAUGCAUUUAUUAAAAAUGGAAAAGUAGUGAUCUUGUCAGCACAAGUGUUGAAUUUGUACCAAAAAGCGGGUGGGGGUGCCGACAUGCUAGGCACUAAUUACUGAAUCGGCUUUAAGACUAAAAAAGGUUUUGGACUUAAGCCUUGAGGAUAACCGUGUGUACUGGAAAGCACAUUCUACAUCUCUGACCCCGGCAAUUCAAAUAAAAUGCAAAUUUGGGCGCUAA